AUGCCAUCGUCAUCCCGCAUCGCCACCGGCACGCUGUCGUCAAAGGUCAGCUCUUCACUCGAUCGAAUGGAGGACAGCGAUGAAGCCGGAUUUACCGAUGAAGAGCUGGUGAAAGAGGAAGAAGAGGCCAAGCGAGCCAAUGAUGAGGCCGAGCAGAAACGCCGGCAGGCCCAGGCGAAGAAGCGCAAGGGUGGCCCUGGCCGCAAGAAAGCAAAGACCGCAGUCGAGACCAAGGCCGAGAGGGAGGGCAAGGCACGCGAGUUGGACGAGCUUCUCAUGAAGAGCGCCGCCUUCAGUGACAUCCUCACCAAGAAGACGCAGGUGCUGGGCCGCGUGGGAAGCAGCCUAGACGGUAAGACGCUGGGUGAGCAUAACCUGGAGAUGGCCAAGCAGCCAAAGUGCAUGGUGGGCGGCACCAUGCGCGACUACCAGCUCGAGGGCCUGACCUGGAUGUUCGAGAUCUGCUCCCAGGGCAUGAGCGGCAUCCUGGCAGACGAGAUGGGCCUGGGAAAGACGGUCCAGACAAUCUCCCUCAUAGCUCUGCUGCGCGAGCAGGAGGACUACCUAGGGCCUCACCUCAUCGUCGCUCCUCUCAGCACCUUGUCCAACUGGAUGGAUGAGUUCCACAAAUGGGUCCCCUCCAUCCCCGUCGUCAUGUUCCACGGGACGAAGGAGGAGCGCGAGCAGAUCUUCUCCACCAAAAUGCAGAGGAACCUGAAGAAUGGCCGUCCCACAGAGCAGUUCCCCGUCGUCUGUACCUCGUAUGAGAUGGUCCUCAGGGAACAGGCCAGCCUGUCCAAGAUCAAUUGGGAAUUCAUCAUCAUCGACGAGGGUCACCGCAUGAAGAAUGCCGAGGCAAAGCUGUUCCAGCAGCUCCGACAGUUCUCAUCGGCCACAAGGCUUCUGAUCACCGGAACACCACUGCAGAACAAUCUGAAGGAACUCUGGUCCCUUCUGCACUUCCUGCUGCCCACCAUCUUCACCAACUGGGAGGCCUUCGAAUCAUGGUUCGACUUCUCCGACCUCGAGGACGAAAAGGGCACCGAGCAGUUCAUCGGUGACCAGAUGAAGCACGAUAUUGUCAAGAAAAUCCACCUUAUCCUGCAGCCGCUGCUCCUGCGCCGUGUCAAGCAAGACGUCGCCGCUUAUCUCCCUAGGAAGAGGGAAUACGUCCUCUUUGCUCCCAUGACUAAGGAGCAGACAGAUCUGUACAAUGUCAUCAGCGACAAGAAGAUCGACACGAGGGCAUUUCUCGAGAACCAGGUGGCUGAUAAGAUUACGAGCGCAGCAGCGACAACCCCUCGCCGAUCAACCCCUCAGAAGCCGUCAGGAUCUACCGCCCUAUCGUCGCAGUUCGACGACCUGCCCGUCCGCCUGACUCCCAAGGUUGUGAAGCGCACUCUGAAGGAAGAGACAUCAAAGGCACCUGUUAAGAACGCCUUCAGCCUCCUCAUGGGCAAGCGUGGCGCGAAUGGCAACAGGGACAAGGCAAUACUCGCCAAGAAGGCUCCCGCUCCUGCUCCCGUCAAGACGGACACAUCCGCCACGAACGGCAAUAAACGAAAGAAUGGUCGCACCACCGUCCAAAGCGACAACAAGAGCGCUCGGUCAAGCCGGCAUUCUACCCCCGGAAGCACCCGUAACGGCCGAGCACGCCACUCGCGGACGUACAAGGAGGCCGACUCAGACGAGGAAAGGAUGUCGGAUGACGAGUUCGAGGCCAGGCUUGCAGACGAACUGGCCCAUGACGAUUCAGACAACGACAAGAAGUCUGCAGAGGCUCAAUUAUCCCCUGAGGAGGCAAAGAGAGCCAGCGUCCUCGAACUAGCCAAGAAACAAAUCGGCCGCAAGAAGCUGGGUAACCCACUGGCGCAGCUCCGGCUGGUGUGCAACAGCCCGCACAACUUUUACAACCCUUGGGCUCUGGACCCGGACCUGGCGGUGGACGAGACGAUCGUGACGGCGUCGGGCAAGAUGCUCAUGCUAGACCGGCUGCUGCCUGCGCUCUUCGCGGCGGACCACAAGGUGCUCAUCUUCUCCCAGUUCACGACGCAGCUCGACCUGCUGGAGGAGUACUGCGUGACGCUCCGCGGGUGGAAGACGUGCCGGAUAGACGGGUCAGUGCCGCAGGACAGCCGUCGCGCGCAGAUCAGCGACUUCAACACGGACCCCUCGCACCGCGUAUUCCUUCUGUCGACCCGCGCCGGCGGCCAGGGCAUCAACCUCGCCUCGGCCGACACCGUCAUCCUCUUCGACUCCGACUUCAACCCCCAGCAGGACCUGCAGGCCCAGGACCGGUGCCACCGAAUAGGCCAGACCCGCCCAGUCAUCGUGUACCGCCUCGCCACGCGCGACACCGUCGAGGACGCCCUGCUCAGCUCGGCCGACGCCAAGCGCCGCCUCGAGAAGCUCGUCAUCCAGAAGGGCACCUUCUCCACCAUGGGCCAGAAGAUGGCAGACCUCCGCGGCAACCUCGACGAGGACACCCUGCGUUCCCUGCUCCUCAAGGACGGCCAGGUCUACCACUCCUCCGGAGGGGAUGGCAUCCUCAGCGAGGAGGAUCUGGCCGUCAUCUGCGAUCGGUCAGACAAGGCGUAUGAGCGGGCCGCCAGUGGUCAAGGCGAUGCUGAUGGGUAUCGCGUCGUCGAGACGGGAGCGGAUAGCAUCACCAUGACUAGGAAGGAGUGA